CCGAGAAGUUCAUCGCAUACCUCAACAAACACUUCAAAAAUCAACUGCGCAUUAAUUUGCCCUUAAAUAUCCUAACUUCAACCCUAAGAAGUCAUGGGGGGCAAAACUGGAACUAAAGCUGUCUACUUCGACAAGCUCAAGGCCUUGCUCGACGAGUACAAGUCCAUCUUCAUUGUCAGCGUCGACAAUGUCUCAUCUCAGCAGAUGCACGAAAUCCGUCAAUCCCUCCGAGGUGAAGCUGUGGUUUUGAUGGGCAAGAACACCAUGGUGCGACGUGCGCUCAAGGGUUUCAUCGGCGAGAACCCAGAGUACGAGCGUCUUUUGCCUCACGUCAAGGGAAAUGUCGGGUUUAUUUUCACCAACGGUGACUUGAAGGCCACUCGUGACAAAAUCCUUUCGAACCGUGUUGCCGCCCCUGCCCGUGCUGGUGCUGUGGCUCCUGGCGACGUCUACGUACCUGCUGGAAACACUGGUAUGGAACCCGGCAAGACCUCUUUCUUCCAGGCCCUCGGUGUCCCUACCAAAAUUGCUCGUGGUACCAUCGAAAUCACCACCGAUCUCAAGUUGGUCGAAGCUGGCGCAAAAGUUGGUGCAUCAGAAGCUACGCUUCUCAACAUGUUGAACAUCUCUCCUUUCACCUACGGCAUGAAGGUGCAACAAGUCUACGAGGAGGGUCAGACCUUCGCCCCAGAGGUCUUGGAUGUCGAGGAGGCUCAGUUGCUCAAGGUGCUGUCGUCCGCGAUCGCAACCAUCACCACCAUCUCUCUUGCUGCCAACUACCCAACUCUUCCAUCCGUCAUUCAUAGCUUGGUCAACGGCUACAAGAACCUCAUAUCUGUUGCUCUUGAGGUGGACUACAGCUGGGAGGCCAUUGAGGAGCUCAAGGACCGCAUUGCCAACCCUGACAAGUACGCUUCAGCUGCACCAGCAGCCGCUGCGGCUUCCUCAGGCGGUGCUGCUCCAGCUGCUGCCAAGGAAGAAGAGAAGGAAGAGGAGAAGGAGGAAAGCGAAGAUGAAGGCUUCGGUGGUCUCUUCGACUAGAUGGCUUGAGAAUUGCGCUUUGUCUAGUAGUACAGGACACUCCAUGGCAUGGACAUACCCUAUGAUAGUCAUACGACAUAGAUGCAAUGACAUGCAAUGCAGAAACCCACUUUUCGUACUCACAGGUACCAGUCGUGACGAGCGAGCACAUCCAUUUGCUGUUUUUUUAGAAGCAGUUGCUGUCGUAUUUGCGGGAUCGCACCUGUUGCAUUGCAUUGAUUUCAUCAAUCCUCGAGACGAUUCUUCGCCCAUGUCGCCAGAGGUGAUUCCCUUCCAAGGCUAUCUGCGACCAGAUCGUCUUGUAUAUAUAAGUCAACUAGACGUGUUCUCGAUUGAUGCUGAGGCUUAGGGACCAGACUCUCUGGCUUUGCUGUCUUCACUC